AUGCCCGACUACUUUAAUACCGUGGAGGAACUGUGCGAUUCAGGGAAAGCUUCUUACUCUACUAUUCAUCCCAAGUGUCCAACCAGCUACACUGUCAAUACAGUUGCCUGCAUUAUCCGCCAUUCCUCCUCCUCCUCCUCCUUCCUUCCCACCCGUGUUUCAUCCCCAAAUCUCCUUCAAGCUGUUCUCUCUACCGCCACAUCUCAUGCCAAAACUGUCACUGCUUCCAUGAGUUGUGGUUCUAUUCCACCACGCCCACGUGCGGAGUGUGUGUGGCCUGUCCUCGGCUGUGUGAAAGAACAGGGCGCUGACUUUGAGUUGGUUGAAACGUGUCCCACCCUGUGCCGAUCGGGUCAUUUCGCAAACUGCACUCUGCUUGUGUCCACCUCCUUCCUCCUCUUGUGGAUUGUUUACUUCCCAAAAGCUCACCUUUUGAACCGAUUUAUGCUUUGCGGAUUUGGCCUCGGGCUCAUGACACACUUCCGUCCACGAAGGGUAGUGGCUUCAUCAGUGUGCAAUUCCUCCCAACUUCUGGUUUCAAGAAGUAGUAUUGACCCGCCUCACACCUCCACAAAAUUCGUAUGCGUCGCCUGCCUGUUGGAUUUUCCUCCUCCAACAUUCCCCACCGAAGGGCACAUCAAGCUACCUAUUGCAAGAGGACCACUUCCACACGCAACAGGACCUCGACAGGGUCUUAACAACUCCUACCAUUCUGCCCACAUUUCCGCCUCCCCCAUGCCUCCCGUGAUUUGCGCCUCGAACUAUCCCCGACAGAAUCACUCCACCUCCUAUCAGACACCGAUAUCCUCUGAGGAGCGGGCCCCUGCGGCUCCAAUUCCAGCUCGACGACAGUUUAGCAAUCACCACUAUCAUCUACCUCCCAAUCCGCCUCUUCAAAGGCUUCGUUCUCCACCGCCACCAUCACAACACCAACAACAACAACAACCGUUUCCACCGUUACCAAUGCAUCAGUCUCAAUCUCAUUUCACUAUCCAAAUGCCUUCCAGUCGAGGCACUGCCUUCAAGAAGUUGAACAACACUGCCGCACCCCCUCCCUAUGACUCACUCAGAUCUGUUAUCGGUAAUCCAGCCAAUCAGCGAACUCAUCAUGCAACAGGACCACCACUACCUGUCUACUUUUCACCCAGUCUGACUGCGAGUCCCACGCCUCAGAUGCGGAAUAGGAAUGCAACACCGAAUGUGGGAACCCCCGUGGGUGGAGCGAUACUGCCAGGGGCUAAGAAAACCUCGCCUCUACCCUCCACUCGGCUCCAGCAUCAACGCCCUGAGGUCUUGUCUCCUAUGUACCAGACCGCGGCAAAAUUGACUUUGAAUGGCGAUCAUGACGAAACGGCCGCGGGAGAAGUGGAGGAAUAG